AAUUGCACCGCUCCAUGCAGCGGUUUGACGAAAUGGCGAUGCCGGGUUCAGCGGUGUUGUUCCAGAUACUGUUUACUUUCCUUUGUGCAUAUAUUAAAUCAACAGAAGCUGUGCCGAAAAAAUAUGACAUGGUUGCUGUCAUCGACGUCGGAACGGCUUAUUCUGGAUAUGCAUUUUCGACAAGUCCGGAUGAUGUACAAAACCCAGAGAAUAUUGUGUUAGGACAAUGGAAAGAAGGUCUUAAGACACACAAAGUUCCCACGAGUGUCCUCUACAAUAAUGACCUAUCAUUCUACAAGUUUGGAUACGAAGCAGAGAAUACCUAUGAGGAUGCGCGUACGGAAUGCAGUAACUGCAAAACAUUCGUUCUUUUCCGGCAUAUCAAAUUGAAUCUGUACAACACGAAACUGGAUAGACAAGUCACAAUAACUGAUGUGAGUGGGAAAAUUCAAAAGCCUCUGAUAGAUGUCAUGGCGGACACAAUAAACUAUUUGAUUUCUCAGCUGCGUCAAAAAUCAGCCGAGCACGGUGUUAACAAUAACGGAGAUAUCAAAUGGGUCCUUACCGUCCCAUCGAUAUGGUCCGAUCAGGCGAAACAGCUGAUGAGGGAGGCGACGCUGAAGAAAAUAGAACUCGAAGUGGAUAUAGUGCUGUCUUAUGAACCGGAAGCAGCCGUCAUUGCACUUAAACAUAUGCAAAAAGAAUUUUUUCAAUCUGGAGUAAAAUACAUGGUGAUCGAUGCUGGAGGUGGAAUGAUAGAUAUUGUGGUCCAUGAGGUUCAAGAUGAUGGAACCCUGAGGGAAGUAGUAGCAUCCAGCGGCGGAGAUUGGGGAGGGACCAGGGUCAACGACGCGUUUGAAUCCUUGGUAGAAACCAGUGUAGGAAAGGAGACGUUUGAUCAGUUUAAGGCAGAUUACAUUAAAGACUAUUUCGGGCUCAUGGCUGCGUUUGAAUAUAAGAAAAGGAUGAUAAGUAAAAAUAAACCAGAUAUUGUCCUUGAUAUCCCAGACAGUCUUAUCGAGAUUAUCAAAAAACCUACCGGUACCGGUGAAAACUCACAACUCAUCGUUGAUGGUAAAGGCCUCACAUUGACAGAAGAAAUUGUUUUUUCAUUGUUUAGCCAAUCGAUUAAGAAUAUAACUAAUCAUGUAAGCAAACUUGUACAAGAACCCAAAGUCAAGGAUGUUUCAACAAUUGUCAUGGUUGGGGGGUAUUCACAGUGUCAUUUACUCGUAAACGCUAUUCAGAAUAUCUCGGCUGACGUUCAGGUUAUUGUUCCAAAUGACACUGCUUAUGUGCUGAAAGGUGCUGUUAUCUACGGAUGGAAUAUAUCUAUGAUUUCGGAGAGGGUAUGUAAGUACACGUACGCCAUGCCAGUUUUUGGACAGUCUGGCUUGAACGAAGAGUUUGUCAUUUGGGUAAAUAAAGGAACUGCAGUUAAAAUAGAUGACUGUUUGAAAAAAAAAAUUCGCAAUCUAAAAUUGCAAUCAUAUCCAAUAUUUAGUUUGUAUGCCUCAACUGAAGAAGAAUGUUUGAAGGGAAAAGAUUGUCAGAAAAUCGGAAGUAUAAUACCGAAAGAGCAAUACUCGCCUGGUGACAUGCACAAAGAUAUGAGGCUUGAUAUUUGUUUUGGAGGAACAGAAAUCCAAGCUGAUGUUUUGGUCUUGCACACAGGGCGCUACUUAGGUGCCGACUGCGACUUUCUCGGUUUAGCAUAAUCAGUGAUCAUAAUUGCUUUUAUCUUUAACAUAACUUAAGAUGAACGAUGCUAAACUUAAUAAGUUUAGUGAGUAGAACAUUGUCUGAAAAGAUGUAAUCAGGCUAGUAGACAAUAUAAGAUGAAAUGUAUACCAAUAUAGACACCAUAGUUAUUGUAAUUGAUGAAUAUAUAUCUUUAUUGCAUUUUUGCCAGUGAAAUAUAGAAAUUUCUCAAACUGAUAAAACUUCUAUUUUCACUACAGCGAUGAGCAGUGAAAAUGUAGGAUUUUGCAGUGAAAAUGUAAAAGGUUUUUUUUUUAUUUUGACCAAUCAGAAGCGAAUUUCUGUAUUCACCUCAUUGUACAAUGUAACUUGCCGAUUUUUCCAAUCGAAGUAAAUAUAGUUAAAUGGGUUAUUUUGCUGUAUUUCUUAAAUAUUCAAACUAGUUUUUGACAAAAUACUCACUUCUUAAAUUGCUUUGAUCAGGCCUUUCAAAAUGGCGCCGUCAAGUUAACAUGCGGUAACGUCACAAAGAGACGAUGUCCUGAAUUAUAUUAUGCACUUUUUGAUACUUUUGACUUUUCGAUGUUUUUUUCUUUUUAAUUUAGUUUUUUACCAUAAACAGGCAAUAAAAAGAAAAUUGAAUGGUUUCCCGUCGAAUAUCAUAUUAAA